AUUUUUCUUUUAUUUAAUUGUUCAGAUGAGAGAUGGCAGCAGAUGCAAGAGUUACAAAACUCCACAGUGUGGUCAUAAUGUAACAAGGAGUUCAGCUUUGGUGCAAGAUUCCACUGAAAGUCUCACACAAGCUCCAGCACCCACAAUCACACAGUCUCAGAUUGAUGUUACCACCUAUGUGCCAGUACUUCAGACGGAGGCUCUUCAGCAGACAUCAGCUCAGUCUCAAGCACAGUCGCAAGCUCAAUCCUCAACUCACAACUUCAAAUCACAUGUACACAUCCAGUCACAUCCCCAACCACUCAUUCAUACUGAAAGUUUGGUACUUGCAAAGGGAGAUGGUCACAGCUGCCCCCAAUCACAAGUUAUGGUUCAGGUGAUGCCCAGAACACUCACCCAAGAACUUGUUUACUCUCAUCCUCAAGUGCUUUUGCAGACACAUGUGAACACACAGUCUGAAGUACAUUCUCCAUCACAGAUACAAUCACAUGUGCAUGCACACUCCCAGACUCACACAAAUUGUCAUGUUCUUACACAAGUACACACACAGGCCCAGGAAAACACACACAUGCCAAAUCUACCACCAGUAUGUACUCAUUUACAGACAAAUGAUCAAGCACCACAACCACCACCCCCUUCUUCUCCUUCUCAGGCACAGUCACAAAUCCAAAGGUAUUCUCACUCACAAUCACAGGCACUCACACAAUUGCCCACACCACAGUUACUCACACAGUCACAAAUACACUCACAGCCUCAGGCACAGUCCCAACCUCAUAUCCACAUGCAGCCUCAAGUUCACACACACACUCAGGUACAUACACAGCAUCAUGCUCCAAUAGAACCUCAUAUGCACUCAAACUCCCAACCACAAACACUUCCAAUUCCUUCCAUAGACACCCAUAUUCAUGCCCAGCCUCAGCUAGAGCCUUUGUCUAUUCAGGCUCAGCUACCAGCUCUAUCUCAAGCCUCACUCUCCACUACCCUGCCAGAGCUAGUGGUCACUACCCAGAUUGAUAAGUCUCCACAGAAAAAUACUGAAGGGCUAGAAGUAAUUCAUACUCCCAUUUCUAGACAGCACAGCUCCCCUGCUGUGAGUCCUCAGAACCUCCACACCUCUUCAGUCACCAUAAAUGAUGUGCUUGGGAGCAGCUCUCAUACACAGCUCAUGCACACCCUCACUGCUUUCCCUUUAACGGAUCAGUUAAAUUCUUCCAUCACUCUUCAGCAGAAUGGUGCCUCUCUCUCCCAAGCUUUGGCACAGCCCCCCACACAGAGCCAAAUUAUGGAUUCCCUUAGUGUUGAAAGGGUGCUUAUGCCUUCAAGAAGUAGUUUGGGACAUACAGUAAUCACCCAAGAACCUCCAGUGGAAAUCAGUGGUCUUUCGACACUUCAUGGACAGGAGAAUUUUACUUCCUGCUCUGAACAACCAUCCUCUUCAGUAAAGGAAUCAGAAGCCUCAAAGCCCAUAAGUUCCUCCCAACUGAGUUCUUCACAGAUAAACUCACAACAUUUAGGGGAACCACAAUUAACUAGUUUGCAUCUCUUACAAGGGAAUAGUGGGGGGGUUCACCCAUUGCCGGGAAAGACCUCCUGUGUGACUACAACAACCUCAACAUUGAUUGCUUCCAAUCGCAUGCUGAACAAGCUCCUGGACAUUGUCAAGCCCCAUAUUCCGUCCCAGGUGACCAAGGCAGCAGAGAUUGCACAACUUGUUCCUAACCUUACUGGUCGUCUUCCUCUGAACUCUUCCACUCAUGCUGGAGAGCUAAUACAUGGUGCUGAAGUGGCUUUCACAUCCUCCAGAUGUGGUUCUAGUUCAUAUACAACCUUCACACGCAGCAGCAUGGCCAGCAUGUGUACAGUUACGAGCAGUACGAGGGGAUCUGGUGGAGAGUUGGGUUGCAAAACAUCUCCAACUCUAUCAGCUGAUACCAUUUAUAGCCUGUCACCAGCAUUUCCAACCCAUAGUUCUACCUUGGUCCAACCAUCUGCUUCUCAUAGACAGGUUGAUGUUUUACAACAAGUAAUGCUGACCCCUCAGCGCACAUCCAGUAUUGGUGAGCAACUAGAAGGAUUAAGUUCUGAAAGUUUAAGACUUUUACCCCCAACUCCUAAUGUCAGACGGACCUCCCCAGUGACUAGCUGUAGUGCAUCCACUGCCAGUAGUCUUGCCAGUAUCUUGCCAUCAGACAAAAUUAUAAGAAAAACUGUCCCUUCAAACUGCCAGCCUUGUAGUGUACCUAAAUCAUUUGGCAUAUCAGGACUUCAAGGACUUAAUAAUGGACCAGCACUGUUGGAACCCAACUCUCGUUUUCAAGGUAGUUCCUGCAGCAAAACAAGUCUAAUUACUUCUUCUGAUCCCAUGUUUACAUCAGUGGCAGUGACAUCUGGAUGUUCUUCUCCACCCUCCCUUGGUACAGUAAUGCCUGUUAAGCUUGGCACCAUUGCCCAUGAAGAGUUAGAGAAGUUGAAGGCUUUAUCCUCAGACACGAUGACUUCCCAUCAAACUUUGGUUGAUCUUCUUAGCAGAGGUUCAGCCUCUGAUGGAGUUGUUGAUAGUAACUGUGGGACAAACACAUCCCUCACAGGUCUUACUGACUCUAGGCCUCCACAUACCAGUGAUGUGCUCCUCUCAGAGCUUCAUCGCACUGAUGAAAAUGAUCUCAGCCUGGGAGCCACACUCUCAACUACCACAGGAGAGGAGCUCCAUAAUGCAAGUAACUUGGCAGCAGAAGCUUCACUUGUUGCUGGUAUGGAAGGAGACUCUGCCCCAAUGCAAGAACUACCAUCACCUCCCCUUUCCAGCUUCAGCCUGCCAAAUAUAACAGGAGAUUUUAUGGUAAAUGAGGUUUCAGGAAGUAAACAUUGUCAUACAAGUCAGACCCAGCUUCCAGCGCUGCUUUCAAACCUCCCUACGGCUGACCUUGACCGGUUCCUGGACAAUUCCAAUACAUGCAUGUGCAUAGAUAUUGGUCUUUCAGACUCUGAAGUUUCUCUUAAUGCUGAGUCAUCCUUUACUUAUUCUCCAGGCAAGUCUCAUACCCACAGGAAGUCCCUGACAGCCACAGGCUCAGAACUAACUUUUACCAGUGCCCUAAAAGCUGCCACUACAAAGCCCAGUAGUGAGGAGAUAAAACCUCAUUCAGAUUCUGAAACUGCCAGCAAUUUUUUGAACCAUGAAAAUCCCUUAUUACAAGAAUCUGUCAAGUUUCCUUCUGCUAGGACAAACUCUUUGCUUGUUAAUAUGGAUAUAUCCUCAAACCAAGUGGAUUUCCAUCCAUUAAAAGGAAAAACAGUUGAUACUCCCAAAUCAUCUAAUCAAACACAAAUUAAAUCUUCCCAAAGUCAACGGGGAAAGAGAAAAGAGGUAUUUAAGAGAAAUGAACUUUUGGUGCAGGUUGCUUGUUUUAAGUGCCGUUUGUGUUCUUUCCUCAGUCAGGAUAAAGGGGAGAUGGUCAACCACAUGAAGGAGCUUCAUAGCCAGUACUACUCUGAUACUGAAGAAUCAGAAGAGGAUAUUGGGCAAAGGGCACCCAAAAAGAUUAAAGUUCUGUUGCCUCAGAGUGAGGGCAAGAAGUCUGGAAAUCUUGGUAGAAGUUAUGAAAUUAAGAAAUCCAUCAGAGCCAACAGGCAGUGCAGUCAAAAGAGACAAAAACCUUGUCAGGAAUCUUUCAAUAAAGGUAAAAGCCAUAUGGUAAAGGGAGAGAGUAAACAAGUAGAAGGAAAGAUGGGCGUUCACAUCAAAAGUGAACCGAGGGAAGUUGGUGAGUUUGAAGGCAGCCUUAUUGGUGAAGAUGACAAUGAGGCAGAGGAAGAGGAAGAGGAAAAUGGAGAACAAGAGGAGGAAGAGGAGGAGGAGGAGGAGGAAAAAGAAGAGGAAAAGAAGGAGGAUGCAGAACUGAUCAUUAAGAUUGGUGAAAGUGAAAAUAAAAUUGGAGGGAGUGAACAAGAGUAUGUACAGGGAGAUGAUACAAAUGAUAGCUCUACAACCAGCGUCAGUACUACCAUAACAACCAAGGCCAGUAGAACACAAAGUAGUCUGAUGCCCAAUUCAAGAAACAGUACAUUUACUAAGAAAAAAAAUGUAAAAAAAUCCUCGGAUGAUAAUACAAGCAUCCGCUGUGACGUGAAUGGCUGCGGUCUGCGAAUGAAGAGUGAGAGUAACAUAAUAUAUCAUCGCAAGUGUCAUGUCAACUCUAUGCUGCAGUGCCAAGAGUGCCUCUCCACCAAGUUUCAAAGUUGGAGAGACCUUGCACUUCAUUUGUGGAGACAUCAUCUCAUUGACAUGGAGCUCCAUAAGUGUGACAAGUGUGACUACAAAUCAUAUAGCUACAGCAAAUUGAUGAAUGUUCACCACAAGAUACACAGUGAUGAGCGUCCUUCCCUCUGUGACAUUUGUGGGAAGCGUUUCAAAACGCCCAAGCAACUUCGAAACCAUAAGACUCUACAUAUGAAGAAAACGGAAGCACCGCAGCACCAGUGUGAGAUAUGCCAUCGUCCAUUUUCCGACAAGAGAAUGCUUAGAAAUCAUCAGGAAUCUGUACACAAGAAAGUGAAGCCUUUCUUGUGUAAUUACUGUGGGUACUCUACUGCAUCACGCUCUACUCUAAAGAUGCAUAUGAGGCAACACACAGGUGAAAAACCCUUUGCUUGUGAAAAGUGCAAGUACCGGACCUCUGACCAUAAUUCUCUGCGCCGUCACAAGAUGCAGCACUCAGGUGUCCGCCCUUAUCGCUGCCCCUACUGUGACUAUGCCUCCAUUCAAUCCACUACGUUUAAGGUUCACCUCAAGGACAAACAUCCAGGUCUAGCUCAAAUAGAUGGCAUCAUGUUCACAUGUGGUGUAUGCUCCUUCAAGACAGUAAAGCGAGACAAUUUUCUGGCCCAUGUAGCAGAACAUAGUCGAGGAGAUGGCAAGAAACAACGGCAGACACCCUCUCCAGCCCAAGCCAGCAAGACUGAAGAGCCUCAGGGUAUUUAUGGAGAUCUGACGCCUUCUGUUCCCCAUGUUGUCAACAUUGACGUUGACAGCGGAACUGUCACUGUAGAGAGUCCACAGGACACAGAUUUUCUCAGCUCUGUUCGUGUGCAGGCACCAGUUCCUGGACAGAUGAUCAUGGCUGGUGACAAGUAUGUUUAUGCUACUGUGGACUCUUCUGUCCUAUCUCAGGUGAGAUCUGGGGAAAGGAUGAUGCAGCUUUCUCAGGAUGUUGUUGGGGUGCCCUUAUCCCUUCCUGUGGAGACUUCUACGUGCUCUCCAUUGCAAGGUCUGGUUUAUGUGACCACCACUACUAGUCAGGGAGGACAGUAAUCCUUGAUGCCUUAGUGCUUCUGUCUGAGAGUGAUGGAUUGAGAAAUGGAGUUACAACCUCUACUCCCACAGGUUUAGCAUACUAAAGCACUAGAACCCCUUCUCCCAGUGGCUGACGAGAAAUGAAGAUGAGAUGCUAGUAAGCUGAUCAAGAUUGGUAUCCAUUUAUCAUGUCUCAGUUUAAUUUGUAAACAUCAGCUUGUACUGUUGACUUGUGUAGAGAAUUAGUAGAAGUUAUAUCUAUCAUGAUACAUUUUAGAGAAUCUCUUUGGUUUCAGAAAGCUACCCAUUUACUUUAAUCUGGGUUUAGAAAGUUAACAAAGUUGAAGAAUGUCCUUUAUUAUGCCUUGCUUUUUGUCAGAUAUCAGUAUAUAUUGGAACUUAUGUUCUGCCAAGAGAAUGUACUAGUUAUUACCCUUUCUCAUACAUUUUUUUUCUACAGAGCUGUUAUUAUGUGAACUGAUUCAAAGAAAAGGCUGUGACUAUUAUCAUAGGAGAGAAAUGGGUCUGUUUAGUGUAGACAGUUAACUUGUUAAGACUUGUUUGACACUGAUUGGACAUAUAGGGUACUUUUGGUCCCUCCUUGUAAUAUGUAAAUGUUUUGAAAAACGUUUUUUUACUUGUACAUGUCUGAAAGUUAUCAAACUUCUGAUAUAAGGUCAUACCUUGUACCGUAAUGGUAUGUUGAAGAUAAUCUUUAUUGUUAAAGAUAAUAAAAAAACUUAAUCUAUUUUGAGAUUUUUUUGUGCUAAGAAAAAAGAAUAUCAUUGAUAUUAUGAUGUAGCAAACAUUUGGUCACCAGGAGAACAGGACACCUAAGUGGCUUUAUAGCCAUGGUCUUUAGCUUUAUCCUAGGUUUAACAUUCCUGGCAUAACAGUAACAUUUACUAAAUUUGCAAGUGUCAAAGACACUUUUUUUUUCUAAUAAAAAAAAUUCAGAAUACAUCUUAGAUGCUAACGCUGGAAUUCUCAAACUAUCUUUUCCCCCUUCCUGCGAGGAAACAAGGCUUCGUGGACCAAACGGUAUUCUCAGUGACGAGGAGUGUCUUUGAUGCAGCGCCUUUGAUGCAGCGCGCGAAGUGGCGAGCGGGAAAGAAAUGAACUAAUUUCUUCUCUUGAUGAAGAGGAGGUGAAGGCCCGCUCUUCGCUAAUAUCUUCGCACAUUUAAUGCUUUAUUACAACAUUUUUCCAUGUUGCUGUAUUAUUAGUUGGGUAUAAGAACAAUUUAAAAUUUCUAGGCCUUAUAUAAAAAGUCAUACAAUGCGAGAAACAUUAUUUUUUUCUGUUUAUUCAAGAUUUCCCGGUUCCUAUGAUAAUUUAAGCCAACACUGGAACGCACCUCCCAGCCAGCACGGCCCGCCCUUCAGACUCAACUAUUCACAACAGUUCUUUUUAAGCGAUUGUAGGGCUGGCACUUCAAACCAUAAGCAUAAAGAUUGCUGGGACAAAUUUAAAAGUGACGGACUGACAGCUUGGCUUCGGCCUCCGGGCGAAUGUUUCACAAGUCUGUAUGAAUAUGUGGUGGUAUGUGGUACUCCGUGCUGGGCUUUCACAGCCAAUCUCCAAACUUGUGAUGUCACCUGUGGGUGGAGCUUAGCAAAGCUCAGCAAUAUAGAUGAUACCAUUUUCCACCCACUGAUAGAAGCUCUUAGGCUAGUUAAAAAUAUAUUUACAAGGGAGAAAUAACGAAGGGAGAAAGAGAUGUCUCAUGGAACACGAGGAGAAUAAAGAAAAUAAAAGCAGUUUAUUCUAACGAGGUCUCCUAAGCUCCGCCCACAGGUAACGGGACGAGAUGAGAGGAGAGCGAAGCGAACAUAGCCACGGGUACCAACCGAUUAAACCCAUCAAUGUAAAUUUUCUGCUAUAUAUAGUGUAUGUCACUGUAUCAAGCACUGCUUACAUAAGUACUCGCCACACAACAUUUUCCAUUAUAGAAAUGUACCUAAAAUGUAUUAAUGUUUCGGUUUUCAAUGUUUGUUUGAUUUGCAGUAGUACCAACACUACACGGAAAGAUAGUUUCGAAGGGGGAAAAGAAACUAGCGUUUGAUAAUAUCUCUCACGGAAACACACUCUCUAAGCGACGCUUCGACAAAGAGGGAAGAGCUUCACUGAAAAUUCCGCCGUAAAUGUUGCAUUCCCUGUAACUAUAACCAAGGGUAACCAGAUCACAUAAGAUGUUGUUGAAGGUCUUUGACAGUCUAGCAGACCCCACUUACCCUGACUGUGUCCUGUGACAAUGAGGAAACACUUAUGUCGGCCAUUGUUUCUGUUUUGAUGUUGGUCUUGGUCUCAGAGUCAAUGACUCCAGGGUGUCAUUUAUAUCAGCACUUUGGUUUGGUUACUAUUCGUUAAUCUUUAAAUUAAAAAACUUUGCGUUCACUCAUCAGUGACAUGCUAAGGUGCUGGGUUUGUUACAACAUUUGAACCACUGAACUAUUCUUCUUAGGAGUGCUCUGUCUUUGUCAUAUGUUGAUGUUUGGUUUGUCAUGUCUGUGUGGUAAUAAGAAGAAAGUGUAGUAAAACUGGUAAUUCAAACAGUAUAUUCCAAUGGUAGUAUGAGGUUAAGCCACACACUUCCUCAGCAAAUCUUGGUCUUGGUCAUUGGCCGGGUGCCACCGGCCAAGAUGAAUACUUGCCAAUGGUAAUCAAACCUCCAGAGCUUGCAGGCCACCUGUAGACAAUAUUCCAGUUUGUAUAUAAUGUAUAUUAUUAUUAUCAUUAAUUUGGUGAUGUCCAGUUAAAAACAAGGAAAUGGUAAUCAAUCAAUCAAUCAAUCAAUGGGGGCAUACGCCGGGGGGGCGCGUCACCUCGCCCACCGUACUGGUAAUGGUAAUUCAAUAUAACAGAUAUAGAGUUAGCAGUGCUCUGAAGGGGGUUUUUGAUCAUCUGUUGAAUCUUGAUGACAUAACCACCUUAACUUGGUGAUUUUAAAAUUGCCAGUGCACCCCUUUGAUACCAGCCAUCAAUGACAGCACUCCUUCAGACCUGCUCUCCAACUUUAAGUCAUUCUCAUAUCUUGAGAAGCACAUUUUAAGGAAAAAAGGCUGAGAGCAAACCAAAAAUGCCCAGUCUAAUCCUAUAAUCACAAUGCAAUCCUUGGAACCCACAUUGGAUCCCAUCAGCCACUUUGCCCAGACUUCAACUACUUAAACUUCAACCUACAUCUCUCCUUAUGUUCUGAAACUCUAAGCUAAGUGCACAAUUAGUAUUGGCCAAUUCUAUUUGUCUUAGCCUGAUGUUGGAGUUAUGGAGUUCAGCAGGUAACUCACCUCCUUGAUAUAGGUGGACUCGCUGCAAAUUUUCAACACGGUGCUGUUGUUACAGUGUGGUAUACAUGUGUAUUGUAUGGUAUAUAUAUUACAAUAUGGUGCUCGUCCAGUAUUAUAUGUAGACAUGUACCACAAGUCAUGAACCAAACAACAAAACAUCUUAGUACAAUUGAUAAAGAUCUUUUUUUUCUCUCCAAAAAUAUGGCACCUGAAAAUGGGUUGCAUCUUCAACUUUGUCAAAUAUGGUAGUAUUUAAUAUUUGUCUGUAAAGAGAUAAGGUAACAUGUGUAUGACAAAGAAAACUGAGAUUUGCUCAAUCAUAUUGCAUAUACAGGAAUCCAUUUUUAUUAUUUUUAUGCAAUGUACAGUACAGUGGCCUCACGUCCAACAUGGGAUUUGGUCAGAGAUCGCGUUGUGGUGGACAAACAAUAGAACUUGGGGAAUAAAUAAUUUUGUCAGAAAAUUUUUGAAAAAUGCCUUAAAAAUACAAUAAAAAUCCUUACAUGC